CAACACAAAUGCUCAACGCGUUCUAUCCCCGUCACACCAAUGCAGGCGAACGGCUUCAAUCAAGCAAAACAUGCUUUCGUUUGUUCGCUUGCUCUCACGUGGUCACAUGGUCCGGUCCGUUGCAUGUAGGAAUGAUGCUACCUCGACUAAAAACUCGCUCCGUCGCUGUGACCAGCAUAAAGAGUGAUAUCACCCUCAGCAGCAGUUUGGCUUUGAUACAUCGCACCGUGACUGACGUUGUUGCUGCCUGCGCUCCAUAUAGCGACAUACUACUGCAGUGGUCGACCAAGCAGAACGACAGAGGAAUCUACGCUUCGAUUGUCGUCGCAGAAGCAGCAGCACCAAGAAAGAAAGUAUUAUCUGUGGUCAUUGGCCAGUGCUUUUUGUGUCCGUUUCGAUUAAUCUGCCUACAUUUUCGAUAAUAGUUCUCAUCCCGUUCCUGUGCGAUGUGAAAACUACCUUCUUGUGAACUGAGUAACAACUAUGAAUGCUGGUGAUGGUGGCCACAGUGCCUGGAUGAUGUGAUAUGGUGAUCAGUGAGGUCUUCCUACAGUAAUGGCCUCGGCGUUCUUGAGAUGAGCAACUAUUCCUCGUCUUCGUCCACGGAGCAAAUCAAGCAUCAAGGAGUAGCAGAAGCAGUAGCGACAUCCGAUAUACGAACAGACAAUGAAAAACUGGUGGUAAGGCAAAAAAUCAAUAACAGCAACAACUACGACCGUUCUAGUUCUGCGGGUGCAAUUGGCGAAGCAGAAACAGCACGGCACUACAGUAGUGAAACUGCACGGGACGACGGCUGUGAUAGUGUUUGUUUUGGUGAUAUUAGAGCGUACUGCAACGAGAUGACCAUCAACGGUGAAGCAAAUUCUGGCGACGAAGGGGUGGUUGAGAUGCCCGUAUUUACCAACUCGGAUAUGCCCUUGACCGAGGGAAGGCUACGCAGGAAGCUGCAAUUUUUCUUCAUGAAUCCCAUCGAAAAGUGGCAAGCCAAGCGACGGUUCCCCUACAAAUUUGUGGUUCAAGUUAUUAAAAUAAUAUUAGUCACGCUGCAGCUUUGCCUUUUCGCGCACUCUAGAUAUAUGCACGUCAACUAUACGUGGGAUAAUACGAUUACGUUUUCGCACAUGUUCCUGAAAGGUUGGGACAUCACGAUGGAAGUCAGCACAUAUCCGCCAGAAACGGGACCCUUAUCCGUGUACGUAAUCGACGAUUUCUUUCAAACUAUUGAUUACGCUAUCGAUGGCUACGCAAAUCUCGAGGAAGCAAUUGGACCAUACUCCUACCCUAACGAAGACAACACGAUGGCGCCAAUGCAAUUCUGUUUGUACCGAUACAAAGACGGUACCAUUUUCGGUUUCAAUGAAAGCUACUUUUUCAAUCCAGAGAUUGACACUCUCUGUCUGGAUUUGGAUAGCAAUGUGACGACCAUCGGCAGCCGUAAGUAUCUCCAUCAGAAAGAUAUCCAUAUCAACUUUUCGGCUUUGGUCAAGGCCGAACUCAGGUUCGCCAUCAAAACGGUGAACUUCAAAGCUGCUGGUCCUAUCACGGCUCCGGACUGCUACCAGUUUGAUAUUUUGAUCUUCUUCAACAAUCAGGAUCACGACGGACAGAUGACUUUAAGUCUUGAAGCGGAGCCCAAGCGUCUCAUUUGCCACGGUGACGUCGAGUUCAUCAAGAACUCUAAAAUCGAAGACGCUUUGCGUAGCGCCCUCAAUAUUUUGGUCAUUCUUAUCUGUGCUGUCUCGUUUGCUCUUUGCGCCAGGGCAAUUUAUCGUGCACAACUGCUUCGAAUGAUCACAUAUGACUACUUUUUGCAAGUAUACCGCAAAAAACUAGCCCUCGAAGAUAAGAUGGAAUUUGUUAAUAUGUGGUACAUCAUGAUCGUCCUCAAUGAUGUCCUUCUCAUCAUCGGUUCCGCGCUCAAGGAGCAAAUCGAGCAGAAACACUUCAUCGCCGACGACUGGAACCUGUGUUCCUUACUUCUCGGAAUUGGUAACCUUUUGGUCUGGUUCGGCGUCCUGCGAUAUCUCGGAUUCUUCAAAACGUACAACGUAGUAAUUCUUACCCUCAAAAAGGCCGCCCCAAAAAUUCUACGCUUCCUGCUGUGUGCCCUUCUAAUUUAUGCCGGUUUCACCUUCUGCGGAUGGCUGGUCCUGGGUCCGUACCACAUCAAAUUCCGGUCCCUCUCGACCACCUCCGAGUGCCUGUUCGCCCUCAUCAACGGCGACGACAUGUUUGCCACCUUCACCAUCAUGUCGGAGAAAUCCAUCAUGCUGUGGUGGUUCUGCCGCAUUUACCUGUACGCCUUCACCAGUUUGUACAUCUACGUGGUCCUGUCCUUGUUCAUCUCGGUCAUCAUGGACGCGUACGACACGAUCAAAAAGUAUUACAAGGAAGGCUUCCCGCAGUCCGAUCUGCGGAAAUUCGUUGGCCCCUGCGAUCCGAAUGACUUCUCGAGCGGAGUUUUCCGCGAACAUGACUUCGACUGUGAGCAGCAAAUCGGCUUCAUCGAAUCCCUUAAACGAAUAUUCUGCUCCUGGCGGGGCGAUAGGGCACGAGGACCCACCGGAUACACAUCCCUUGCGCCGAAGGUGUCGUCUUCCUCCUCUACCGAAGGCUAUGUUUCGUAAAUAUCAAACUGUAGUAAAUUUUUGUUGAAAUUUAUAUUAACUGCACUCCACAGAAAAGAUAUUCCCGAAAUGUUUUUAUGUUCACUGUUAUGUAUAACUAGUUAGUAAGUUGAAAAUUUGAACUGGAGCCAAAAUAAAACUAAAUAUCCUGGUUUAGGAGCAAGAAUGCAAGCCAUAGAUUAUUCUAGUUUAAAUAUUAAAGUGUAAAUUUGUUUUCUGCCGCUCAAAUUACACAAAUCGAUAGCUGUAUUAAUAGAGAAUUUGUUUGAUAUGCAUUCGAGACGUGAUAGUUCAUGGAUUUUAUGUGAUGAAAUAAAAGUACCACUAUAAUCUAAUUAAUAUACUAAGAUUAA